CUAUUGGCGGGGCUGCCGCGGUGCCCCGCCCUCGGCCGCCGGUGGCGCUGCCGGCGGCUUCGCUCUGUACGCUGCCGCGGGGGCCCCUCCGCCCGCCAUGGCGCUGCUGCUGCAGCUCCUCCGGCGGCUGCUGCGCUACCUCGGCUGGCCGCACCACCAGGCCGCGUUUUUUGAAACUCGCGUGUUUGGCAGCAGCAUCAGUCAUACUCUCGGAACAUGCCUUUCUUCAGCAGUCUCAUCAGGAGGACACUUCCAGCAGUUGUACGUUGUCAUAAGGAAGUAUCAGGCCAAGGUCACAUCUGUUUGCAAUAAAAAGGAAUAUGGAUCUACUCGAAGUGUUGUCCGUAGACUUGGGACAAUUCUUUCCUUGGAGCCCUACCCCAGACCUUAUUUUCAAUUUGUUCAAGACCCAAGUCCAUUGGGUUAUGAUGAACGAAGUGCAGCUCCAGCUCCUGUGACUCCAUCGUUUGCUGAUGUCCUGUGGGUGGCAAAUGAUGAAGGACAAACAUGUACUAGACUUAGGACUGAACUGAGGAGAAAAGAGAAAAGUACAGCUCCUCCUGAUCCAUAUCCACGUCUGGAUUCAAUACAGUGCAUUCCAAAAAGCAGUGCACAAAAAGUUGGUGUUGAUCAAGCAGCACUCCAGAAAAUUUCAGCCCUUGAAGAUGAACUGACCUUUCUUCGUGCUCAGAUUGCUGCAAUUGUUUCACUGCAGACCUUGGGAAGCAUUCCCUCACAAGCCUUUAAAACACUCAGCACUCCAGAUGGAUUUUACCCACUGCCAGCCAUGACUUCUACGCCGUUGUCCGUCUCUCACAAUUACUUUGUAAUUCCCUCGCCUCCUCCACUUCCUUCUGGUGCACCAUCUGCUGUUGAUGCUAGUAAUUCUGCACUGGAACUUAUCAAACAACGCCGAGCUGCAAGAAUCAGUGAUUCAGCUGCAGCUAACAGUACUGAUCACCAGAGGACAAAGAACUUUCCCACUAUGAUGGAUGUUUUGAAAGACCUAAACAAAGUUCAGUUGCGAGCUGUUGAGAGGUCUCCUGGAGGUACUCCUCUUUCUAGACACAAAAAUGUGCGAAGUUCAGAUUGGGAUCCGGUUGCUGUACUAACUCACGCUCUAAAGCAGAAAUUUGCACAUAAAAAUGAUGACGAAGACGAUUCCUUGGAAAAAGAAAAUAAUUCUUUUGAUAGCUCUGGAUUUUCUAGUCCUUAGGUGCCAGUGGUUGGGCGCUGCAGUCUGAAGCCAAAUACAAAACCCAGCCUUACAAGAAGUGAUGGAAUUAAGCAGGUACCAGCAUGGAAAGCGAGAGCUCAGAUAUAGUGGAGGCUUCCAAGGAAUGUUCAGUGUGUAUAAGUGGUGGGUCUACUUUGAAACUGCUGUAAGGUGCUGUAACGUGUUGUUCCAGAUCGUGCCUUUCCUAUGCUGUUGAAGUUUGGGUGUUGCAGGGUUUGUAAAAUUACCUCUUACUUCUCUUUGGUUUCUCAGUAGCCAAACUUGUGCAUGUGAUGCUUUUAUACGAAGCAUAGAACUGAGAGAAGGCUUCUAUUGCUAUGGAGCAGUGCCUUUGGAAACGGAGGAAUCCAAGAAAGCAGUGUGUGGGGGGAAAAACAAAGAUUUAUUGCUGUGGGAGCUGAGGUAUAUGCUCUGUUUGCACUCCAGUGUAAAUAACAAGGAAGUGUAAACUUUUUGUAAGUGUGUUAUAACUACUGUAUUGUAAUGGUAAUACUUUUUCAUGAGAGUGCCUUGGUUUUCUGUGCAGUUUACUGAUGCAACUCCUUAUUCCAUGUGCAAACAGUUUUCUAAUUUAUUUUGGGUCAGGAGAUGAACUUUCAUAUUUGUGGAACUUUGUGCUGUGAGUAAAUGGCAGGUCAUCUAUUAAAUGCCUGUAAUAUGAGGGAGUUGCAUUCUGAGGUAAAAAAGACCUUGCAGAGAGAUCUGCUUGCACACAGUCUGAAUUCCAUAUGUAAUUAAAUAUUAAUUUCUAUCUUGGCGUGUGCAUGUGAAUUCAGUUUUGUUCACAAGAGCUUAUAAAAUAAAAUUCUCUCUAUAUUGUA